AUGGCUGUUGACGACGACGACGAUCGUAAUUUCAAACCACAAAGAAGAAAAAAAGGGGGAACCGCCGACCCUGUUCUUGCAUAUCUUGCUGCGGCGGAUGAAGACGGUGUCGUUUUGUCUUCAAUGGCGAAGGAAGAAUGCGGCAGUCGUAGGCGGAAGAAAGGAAGGGAUGCAUGGCAUGCUCUUAGAAAGGCGUUCUAUGACACAUCAUUGAUGAAGAAGAUUCUUAGAAUAAAGAAAACAAAAAAGGAUUCAACUUCAAGAUCAAACAGCAACACAGAAUCAGAAACCAUUAACAAACUCAAAUCAACACGUAGAACAAUUUCAAAUUCAAACACUUCUUCAAACAUUGCUAAUUCACCAUCACUAUUCUCAACCACAUCGUCUCUUAAUUCAACCACUUCAUCAUACCAUGAUCACAUGUCAAAUUCUUCAUCUCAUGAAGUAAAUAACAUACCAAAACCACCACCACUAAAAGGAACUAAUUGUAGUGUAUCAAAGAAAAGUAGUUUUCUUGAAGAUAAGACCAAAAGAUACAUAGCUUUAUGUAUGCUAUGGAUUAUUAGUCUAUUGGUUUUGAUUUUGUGGGGUAAAUUUUUUGCUAUAUUAUGUACUUCAAUUUGGUUCUAUUUUGUGCCUUUUAGACAAAGAAGAAAAUUCAAAGGAGUUGGAUCAUAUAGAGAGAGUGAAUUUGAUUCCGUUCGAUAUAAGAAGAAGAUUAUUAUGGAAGGGAUCCUUGAGAGAAGUCAUAGUCGUGCUUCUCUUUUGACUUCUGCUAGUUCGACCCCUAUAACAAAGUCAUAG